UUCGUACGAUAUUCAAUAAUGGCGAUGUUAUCAGUGAUGUUACUUGUUGCUAUCAAUAUGGAGAGACGGAAGCUUUUCCUGCCUUGGCUUCUUGGUGUUGUUGUUUUCAUUAUUUCCGACAUGGCGAUUGAUAUAUGGAUUGCCGUAAUAGAAGCACAAUUGAAGCACUACCCAGUGAUGUACGGGACCAUUCUGGCGCUAAUUGUAUCCACCUUAUUGAAUAUAUACUGCAUACUUUGCGUUACGUCACAUUAUCAAGAACUUGGUGAUUAUGAAUAUUAUUACAACAGGAUAAUGAAUUACAGUGAUCGAGACAUUGACAGAAAACUAUGUAAUGGAUAUGGUGUGCCAGCAAACUACGAUAGCCUGCUUCCACCUUAUGAUGUCAAAAUUACGUAACAGGAAAUACGUAUCAUGACUUGUAUUACAUGCCAUAAGAUGUAAUUUAUACAUCAAGCUACGUUUUAUAGCUUGUAGGAAAACAUAUUAAGCGGUUUGAUAUACCUUUAUGAUUUUCACACCGUUUUUAUUGUUUAUUUAUAAUUUUUAAUAAAACAUAUAAACAACAACAGA